GCAAAAUGGCAGCUCCCACGAGAGCUCGCACUCUCUCCGUUUUGCGAGGAUUACUCCACGAACUAAAGCUGAUGACACCAAAGAGUAAAUUAAGAACCACUCCAGUAUAUUCCUAUGUGUUGGACCAGUACAGACAACACCAGUUAACCAGUAAUACGUACUGUAAGGGGGAUGGAGCUAUGAAUCAUCUUGCUGAAACAUACCUCUGUCUUUUGAAAAGUACAAGAGAAUGUAAGGAACUAAGAGAGGAAUUCAAAGGACAUGGAGAAAGAAGCACUGAAUCUACAGCAAAUUUAGUUGGAUAUAAAUUACCUGAAUCGUAUACAGAAAAUGGUUCAGAUAGCUAGCUUCCAUAUACAUAUUAGAGAAUCUGUAAAUACUACAUAUAAGUGAUUAAAUAUUCAAUUGAGAAACUGAUUUGAUGUUGAGUUGUUUUUUUUUUU